AUGUACGCAUAUCAGGCGCCAUACCCUGCCUAUGUGAAUGUCGCUGGAACUGGCCAACCAACCCCAAUAGUUUAUGCACCACAGUUCCCUGUUCCAGGGUAUCCGCCGCUCUAUGGCGUCCCACAACCGGUGAAAGCCCCUACAACAACGAACCAAUUCCAUGUCGCCCCGGACAUUCCUGGCAUCUCGUCCGAGAUAGCCUCCAAGCAGAUGCAGAAGUUGAUCGUAUCGCAGCUACAGCAGUCCCAGUUCGACGCGAUAGAACCCCAGGCACUCGCCCGCUUGGAGCUGGAAGUCGUAGCAUUCGUCCAGAGAUUAUACGAAGGGGCCCAUGAUUAUGCCAAUCUCGCAUGUCGAGCCACUCCAGUAGCGAAGGAUGUCUUACUAGCCUUGCGACAAUCAGGGUGUGAAAGUCAACGACUUGCACACCAUCGCAAGCCAAGUCGCUACGAAAAGCUGAAUUCUGUAGCCCCGCCAAUGGGGACGACGUUCGAACCUCCGCCACCUCGACCACGUUCCCCUGAACUCCUCCCAUCAGACGACGAAGGGGCUACGCCAGCAAUACCAACGACGUUGCGGCAGAUCCCAUCAAACUUCCCGCCGCUACCACCAAAGCAUACCUAUCUCAAAACUCCGGCAUCCCCACCCAAAAAGGCAGCGUUGCCAUCCUUGGAGCGAAAACUGAAGAAUGCAUCUCUCGUGCAGGAGUCCCUCAAGAACUUACUGACAGCUACCGAGGAUAAUCUAGGACAAGAAGAUGGCGAGCUUCUAGGUCACAUCGUAAAUUGGGAAGCUUCGACCUACCCAAGAAAACGCUGGAAAAUCUCGGCGAAUUAG